AAACAUUAAUUAAAUAUCUGCCUUAAGUUCAUCUUGACUAAUUCCCAACAUGGAAGAUAUUUCAGAGUUUAAAUCAUUUGAAUUAAACUUCAUCGAUGUAAUUGGAGCCUUGCAAUCAAUGAUAUCCUCAGAGGCACAUCUCCGUGAGGCAGUGCGUACGGAGGCGGCUCGCGCUGAAGCGGCGGAGACGGCAUGCACGGAAGCCAAGCGCGUUGCUGACGACAACCGCGCCAAUGCCGCCGCAACGGCCGCCGGUGCCACCCAAGCUUCUCACGCGCUUGCCGCCGCUCAAGAUGAACUCACCACUAUUAAAUCCAAAAUUGAAUUAUCGGAACGGCAGAAGAGUCUUCUAGAGGAGAAAUGCAGUGAAAUGUCGGAUAGGAUAGGAGUUUUAGAAAAAGAAUUAGAAGAACUGCGGCCGCUACAAUCUGUUCAUUCCGCACUUCAGAAACAGUACGUAGAAUUAGAAAGCCGCGUGAGAAUCGCUACUGAAGAGGCUCGCAAUGAAGCAAGCUCGUUAGAGAGCGAGGUCCGCCGCGUGGAGAGGUGCGCGCGCGGUGGCGAGGAAGUGCGAACGCGCGCGCGCCUUGCUGCAGCCGCGCAUGCUCGCGAACGCAAACUCGCCGCUGAUGAGAAGCAGCAUCUAACCGCAGAACUCAUGCGCGCCAACACUGAAAUCGCUCGACUCGGAUCUAUAGUGUCAGAAUUGCAAUACCGUUUAUCAGACUAUAGUAACAAUAAGUCUAAAAUGAAGCUUAUAAACGAGUCAGAGUCAGAUACAUUAGCGGAGCUGAGAGCAGCAUUGGAAGUGGAGCGAGCUGGCGCGGCCAAGACUGAGCAGGCGCUUGCCGCAGCACUGGCUGACAAUCUCACAUUGGCGACGCAGCUGCACAAACAAGACAAUAUUGAACAUACGCAAGCUUCGCCCUCGAAACAAAACAACACUACCACUAAUAUAUCACCAAUAGACUUGUUUUUGGCUGAAUAA